CUCACCAGGCACCAGAGAAUGCGAUCAGUCCGGUUGUUGCGGUGCUUCACUCAUACCUUAUCGAGCCUACACAGUAGCCUGUGCAUGUAAUAAGUGAGUCUGUGUGUUCACACCAUGGAUGAUCUUUACAAGUAUCCUAUUUUCUUCGAGUGUCCCAGUCUGGACGGAGAGCAAAGGAAGAGGAUAGAGAAAUACUUCAAUAUUCGUCGCAAAUCAGGAGGUGGAGACUGCAGCCUGAUAACGGUCAUACACGAUGGAGUUCACAGCAUUGCUUUUAGAGAGCAAGAUGCUCAGCAAAGAGUCCUGCAGAGAUCAAAGCAUGUGUUGGAGUUAGCAGGAGGUCCUCUGGUGCUGACUGUGCGAGGCAGCCCAGGAUCUGCCACCUGCUCUCCCAUCACUACCUCAACUACAAACAAGACAGUUAGCCCAAAACUGGACAUCACUCCAUCACAGCAGAAACAGCAGUCCAUUGUUUCUUCUUCAAGCCUGCCAACAAGUGGUGAAGAGUACGAACUACAACUUAAUGCUUACCUCCUUCGUUACCUAAAGGAAUGUCCAAAGGCUGGGAGAAAACUAGAAGAAGAACUCGCCUCUGUUUCCUGCUCUGCUCAGCUUUACCCAGAGGAGGAGAAGGUUUUAGUUAGCCGUUUAGCUCAACCUGGUGCUGCAGAUGAUGUUAGCAACUGGAAAGCAGAGGUAGACAAACUCUUUGAUGGCUACCUGUGCCACUAUGAGUUAGACUCUCACAAGGUCAAAGCUUUGCUUCAGUCCUGCAGCUCUCCUCAGACCACAGAUGAAGUAAAGGUGUACAGCGAGGUUGGGAUGGCUGUUGUUGUUGGGGAACGUUCCCAGGUGAAUGCCAGAUUGGUGGAAGUAGGGGGCAUGCGUGUCAAACGAGGGUCAAGUUUGAGUGAGAAGCAAACCAGUGUUCGUCGACUGGGCGAGGCCAAGCUCCGUCUCCUCUGGAAAGAGAUUGAGCACAGUUUGGGACAGGAUUUUCCAGGAGUGAAGGUCACGCAGGGAGCUGCAGGUCAGUUAGUUUUGGAAGGUUCUGUAGAGGAGAUUCUUAAGGCUGGUGAAUGGAUCUCUGAUCAAGAGAGUUUGGUGUUAGAAAGGACAGUUCCUGACAUGAGCCCACAUUUUUUGGCCUUCUUGAGAAAGGCAUACGGAGGUCCAGGGGUGCUAGGUGACUUUUUAGGGGUUGGUGACAAGGUGGAAAUAGAAUUACGAGACACAGAGCUGCGGUUCUUCUCCCUCUCUGCUGAUAAACUGGAUCACACAGAAAAAAAACUGCAUAAAAUAUUCAACGAAGUCAAGAUUGACGUUCCAAACUGCUCUGCUGUGCCAUCUGAGCUUCGGGAAAAACUUAAGUCUAAGACAAAAGAGAUAAACCAACGCCAAUACAGGGCUCAGGUCGUGUUUGGCUCAGACAGCACAGUGUGCUUACUGGGCCACACCAAAGAGGUUGAAGAGCUGAGUGAAGUUGUCAUACAGUUUAUCUUGGACCAGUCAAGCAUAGAGGGCAAAGUCAUACUGCCUUACCCAGAGUUAGUACAACUCUUACCGGAAUUGCUGCAGCUGCAUACGUUUGACUAUUCAGGGAUUACCUGCCACCCUUUAACAUCUUCCUCUGGGCCCAUGGUGGUGCUGGAGGGUCCAUCCGGCAAAGUGACUGAGGUCAGGAAUAGGCUUGGUCCAUUGCUGAACUCCCUUGCUCAGGACAAAGUCACCAUUGACCUGCCAGGGGCAGUGAGGUAUUUUGAAAGUCCUUCUGGAAAAGAGAACAUUUUAAGUGUUGCUCAUUCUCAGAAGUGUCUUGUACAGCUUCAGGAACAACCUUAUGCUACUAGACAGAUUUUGGCAUCUGGUGCACAGUUAAUAAAAGGAGGCACAACGGUUGCUAGCUACAGCCUUCGUGAUGGGUUCCAGGUGCUGGUGUGUCAUGGUGACAUCACCAAACUGGAGGCUGAUGCUCUUGUGAACGCUGCUAAUGAAGAUCUGGACCAUGGUGGAGGUGUUGCUGCUGCACUGAGUAAAGCAGGUGGCCCUCAGGUGCAGAGGGAGAGCAGAGCUAUAAUAAAGCAGACUGGAAAGAUUCCUACAGGCGAUGUGGUAGUGACCACAGGGGGGAAUCUUAACUGCAAGAAACUGCUGCAUGCUGUUGGGCCUGUAGGUGGAAAAUCAGGUGGCAAAGAAAGGGUGUUGUUGGAGAAAACUGUCCAGUCUGCUCUGAAUUUAGCAGAGAUGAUGGAGUUCAGGUCUAUAGCCAUGCCUUGUAUCAGCUCAGGUGUGUUUGGUGUCCCUGUCAUUGUGUGCUCUGAGGCUAUUGUAACUGCUGUUAAGAAGUUUGGCAGUCAGGGGGAGAGAAGUCUGAGAAAAAUCAUCCUGAUUGAUAACAGGCAGGACGUGGUGAGGGCCAUGCAGGAAGCAUGUGACCGGUUUCUUCAAGGGAUGAGUACUGGAAACAGUGCACCAAGCAAUCUGGGUUCCCAGAUGGGUGCUGCUGCUCAAGACACAUCAAGAGGAGCAACUGCUGGAGCUCCUGAGUAUGGUGUCCAUGUAGCGAUCAUUCAGGGAACCAUCGAGACCCAGCAGGUGGAUAGCUUGGUAUCCCCUAUGGUUGGCCAUGAUCCUCUCUCGACUCGUGUUGGAAAUUAUUUGGCCAACAUGGUUGGACCUCAGAUGACUGCAAAGUUUCAUAAGGAAGCAGGAGGAGCAACCCUGCCUGGUGACACAGUCCUGGUGAAGGGCUUACCUGUACUUCAAUCUAAAGGAGUGUUCUUCCUCAACCUCCUCCCCUGGGAUAAUAACCAACAUGGAACUGCAGUGCAGGUUCUGAGACAGGGCAUCAGAAAAAUUCUGAAUUCCUGUCAGAUCAUAGGCUAUAGUUCAGUUGCUCUCCCUGUGCUUGGGACCGGCGCAGCCCUGCGUUUUCCUCACAGCGUGGCAUCCAGGGUUGCACUGGAGGAGGUCCAAGAAUUUGAAAAGAGCCGAGUUCACACAACAUCUUUCCUGGUCCGUAUUGUCAUCCACCCCAAUGACAAAGAAUCUAGCAAGGCCUUCCAGUCUGUCCAGGAAAGUUUGCAUCUCAGAGGAUUCACUAACGAUGCUAACCCAGACCAAGCUUCCUUUUACCGCCAUGUCUCCCUAACAAAUGAUGAGGUCACAGCUAUGCUGGGUGAAGUCAAGCUUCAGAUGGUCCGUGGUGACAUCGUUCAUGAGACCACUGACGCCAUCAUAAACACAACUGACUUCAGCAGCAACCAAUCUGGUGUGUCCAAAGCCAUCUUGACUGCAGCGGGGCCCACUGUCCAAGCAGAUCUAGCACGAGUGGGCCUUCCAGCAGACCUCAUGUGCACCACAGGACCGGGGCAGCUUGGCUGUAGGGAAAUCAUUCAUGCUAGUUUUAAGAGUGACCCUCAGAUUAUCCGGAACAAUUGCAAAAGGAUACUGAAGCAGUGUGAAAGCAAAGGCUACCACUCAGCAGCCUUCCCAGCCAUCAACACUGGUAUCGGUGGCAUGGACUCUGUCAAAGCUUGUAAAGCGAUGCUGGAUGGCAUGACUUCAGCAAUCACGGACUUGAAACCAAAUUCGCUCAAGCUCAUCCGCAUUGUCAUCAUCCAGCAACCUAUCUUCCAGGCUUUCAGAUCAGAGCUCGAGAACCGCUUUGGACAACCUGCCACUCGCCACCUCAGCCUCAGAGACAAAGCUAAACAAAAACUCAAGAAGUGGCACGACAAGCAUUCAAAAACUUCCACAGCUUCGGUACCUCAAGGCAAAACCCUCAUCUCCUCGAAGCCACCACCAGCCGUGAUUAAUCUGAUAGGUUGUGGUUCAGAUAGCAUCAGGACCUUCAAGAGAGACUUGGAGGGGAUCCUGCAGAAGCAGCUGGUAGAGAGAGAGCUGGAUGUGCGUGAUUUUUCCAGGCUUGAUGCCAUGGAGCUGGAGGCAGUGCAGGCAAAAGUCAAAGUCUUAGGAGUUAGCCUGGAGCACAGGAGACGUCAAAGUUCUGAGGGUGUGAGUGGCAACAGAGCAGGAAACACAGCUAGAGCUGAAGCUAGAGAUCGGUCGGGGUCAGGAAGAGACGUCUAUGUGCUGAGAGGCCUGAAAGAGGACGUGUUGAGUGUCAUUGAGCUUGUAAACAAAGCAAUUCAGAAAGCACUCUGCGAAGACCUCCAAGAUAAAGAAGAAGCAACGUUGGCUCUCAGUGUCCAGUGGUCGAUUCAGGAUGUGAAUAAAGCCUGGCACGAGCUGAGCCUUCAUGACAACUACAUCCUGGAAGAGGCUUACCAGAAGAAAGCAGUGUCCGUAGAGAUGACAGCACCAGAUGGCAUGAUGGUGACGGUAAACCUGAGGGCACAAGAAGCCACGAACCAGCUAUCAGGCAUCACGUACAAAGUGAAGAGGAGCGAGUCUGAAUCAACCCUGGAGUUGCCAACACAAUGGGAACCAAUGCACGGAGAAGUCUUUAAAAAGGUAGAGCUGCAACCUAACUCACCCGAGUACCAGGCCGUAGCCCAGGGUUUUGUCAAAACAGCUAAAUACAACAUUCAGAAAAUUGAGCGUGUGCAAAACGUCUACCUGUGGCAUGCCUAUACUGUGUGUAGGGAGCGUAUAUAUGCCAAGAAUGGUCCAGCAGAACUUGGGGAGAAGUCUCUUUACCAUGGCACAUCAGCAGAGGCAUGCAGCUGCAUUGAAAAGGACAGAUUUGACAGGAGCUACGCAGGAGCACAUGCUGCUGCGUAUGGAAAGGGAGUUUACUUUGCAGUCAAUGCAGAGUAUUCAGCAAGAGGGUUUUCACCAGCAGAUGCGUCAGGCCUGAAGCGGCUGUAUGUGGCUCGUGUCCUGACUGGCCGUUACACAGUCGGUAACUCUUCCAUGAAAGCCACCCCACGCCGAGGCUCAGACCCCACUGACUGCUUCGACAGUUUAGUAAACAACCAGCAACAGCCCACCAUAUUUGUGAUCUUCCACGAUGACCAGGCCUACCCAGAAUACCUGAUCACCUUUAAAUAAGUAAAACUGGAAAAAAACUCAUGGUUCAACACAGUCACCAGAAAAAAAUGUUGUAUGUUUCUGCAAACUACAGGUGUGUUACAUUUGUACAUUAUGAAGCAGAUAUGUUGUAACCAAGCAGCAACCUCUGGGCCUGAAAAAUAAAUCCAACAGGGGGAGUGCCAAAAACUGCAGUUCUCUGACUUGACUCUUUUGACUGGCUCCAGAAGCCAGUCAAUCCCCGUAGACCCCGACGUUAAAAUGCCCAGCAGAAAUAAACAUGUUUACAGCCUGGUACAAAGAACUGUUUUGUUCUCUAUAGCCAAUAUGUCCCUUCGUGACAACUGUACAGCGGGUGAAUUUGUAUAUAACCUACUUGUUAAGUUUUUAUCAGGCUUAAAGUUGCGCAUGAUUAAAGACGGGCCACUUUAGCCUUUCACCAAACACUUUCAGUAUGGUACCUUUGGAACUGAGAGUAACCCUUCAGACAUGGUACCUAGACCCUAACGUUCCCACUGUAAACAGUACCCUUAAAUGUGGGCCGUCUGAUCCACGUUUAUCGUCCUCAGAACAUUUUCAGAACAAAAUAAAACAGGCUGCAGUGAGAAUCUCUCUCCAUGGGAUAUCUAAAAAUAGCAGGUUUGUGCAAUAUAUCCUUCUCAGGCAAGCUCAGGGGUUAAGUGUUGCUGGAGCCCACAGGAACAACGCUCCACAACGCUUUUUUUCUCUCCGAGUAAGGAUUACAGUAAAUGCAGUUCACAUCUUCUGGUCAAAAUCAAUACAUAUAAAUGCUUCACAAUCUACUCAUUACUAAAAGUGUAUGUCAUAUAAAAACUAAAGUAAUGGUCAAAGGUGUCACAGUGAAAUUUAAGGUGUGUUGAUGGAUUGACGUCGUCAAAUCGUGUGUUGAGUAACAUUACAAGUGAACGUUCCACCUUAAAAUUGGCCAAGUGAAUCUUUUUCUCAGACUCCAGCUGCUGCUAGAGGCAGCAAAACAUCCUUUAUUUUAUAGUUGCAGUUUACUAAUACAUGUAAAGCACUCAACGGUGUGAACAGAGGUUACAUCAGCCUCAAAACCAGCCACUAGUGAUGGCUGAAUGAGGCCUCAUGAACCACUGUCUUUAUUUUCUGAAGCCACCAGAUGGCGCUGUCUGUUCAACAACGGUUUGAAAACACACUUUAUUGCAAGUCCCUCAGCCUUUAUCUUUAAACCAAGAGCGCCAUCUGGUGGGAUCAGAAAAUAAAGAAAGUGGUUCAUGAGGCUUCAUUUGGCCAUCACUACCAGCCACCACUCAGCCCUGAGCAGAGUGACUGUCUGCCAUUGACCAAUCAACAGACUGCAGUGUUCACAGCUCCACCUUUUAGUACCAGAUCUGUGUGCUAGGUACCCCAACAGAGGGGGGACCAAAAAUGGGGAUGUACGGAACAGUUCCAUUGGUACCAUCCACAACUUUUCACAGUGGAAACAGAAAAAAUGUGUACUGAACUGAACUGAACCGUACUGCUCGGUGGAAACGGGACUGUUGAGUGACAGGCUGUCUGCCAGUAGUGUCCUCAGCUUCUCAGUCAGAUCCACCCCUCGAUCCUCUGCAGGACCUGUCUCUCUCCCAGAUAUAGUCACUUCUGGCUCCAAAAAAACAAGAUGGUGAUGGCUAUAAUGCCAAACCAAGGCUUCAAAAUGGAGUCCACAAACCAAUGGGGGAUGUCACGGUAGCUAGUUUCUUUACGUUUCAACAACACUUUGGUUAACAUGUGGUUAGGUUCAGGCACAAAAACCACUUGGUUAUGUUGAGGAGUAUUUUGGCUUAAAAUACCCGGUUUUAGUGGCACAAUCCCUGUUGGAAACACAGCGAUAUCUUGAUAAAAAAGCAACCCCUUUAAUGGAACUAUCCCCAGUUCAAAUCAGCUCAUACACUACUACACAUUAGAAACAUUGAUAUUAUAUGUAUAAAGUGCUCAAAUGUAAUGUAUUCGUGGUUUGCAGAGACGCACAAUGCCAACAUUUUCAUCUGGCGACCAGGCUGACAAUGGUGUCACAGUGAUCCUGGUUAAAUAGUACAAAAAUAGUGAUACCUUAGAACUUGUGACUUUUACUUUCAGUUAAUGUUAGGUUGUUUUCUCGAGCUGACUGUGAGCAGUAUUCAUCUCUCAGCAGCACAGAAGAAGCACUUCUACACCAAAAACACAUUGGCAAUAUGUCACCUCUGCUGACCAGGCAUGUAAUUGACAGACUUGAACGAGGCAUGUGUAGUGAAUUACAACCACUGUACUGAACAGCCUUGUAUUGAAGGACAAAGCUGUUACAUUCCUUGAAAUGAAACUUGGAAAUUCUUAUUUUCCAGCUUACAUAAAUCUUAUGAUAUAAAAGCAGAAAUUAUAUUUCAUAGCCUCCAAAUGUGUAAUACAGUAUAAUGUGUUUAACAGUGAUGGCUAAAUGAGGGCCCAUGAACCACUGUCAUUAUUUUCUGAAGCCACCAGAUGGCGCUGUCUGUUCAACAAAGGUUCGAAAGCACACUUCAUUGCAAGUCCUUCAGCCUUUAUCUUUAAACCAAGAGGUGGGGUCAGAAAAUAAAGAAAGUGGUUCAUGAGGCUUCAUUUGGCCAUCACUAGUGUUUAAGUAAUGUAUCUCCUAUUUAGCAGUGUGCAAGUUGAGGGUUAUUGUAUUGUCAUUUAUUUUAUCUUGUUGAUUAAUACAGUAUUUAAGAAGCAUUUAUUUUUGGUAAAUAAAAAUGUAUAUGUUAAUAGAUGUUUCUAAAGGAGAGCAGGGGUGAAACCAUCUGAGCCUGGGUAACUGAUUUAACUAAAGUGGUGACACUUUAUUUGGGAAGUGCAUUUUUGAUACUAGACUUCCCUUGGUGAACAUAUUGCUAAAAAAAUCAACUUUGAGUGAGUUUCAAGUAAAAAGUAAAGAAUUUCUUUGACUGUACGAUGAAGUAACGGAUGAAUCCAAAUUAAAGAUAUUUUGGACAUUAUUAAAGUAGCAAGUUGCAAGAGAGUACUGGAGCAAAAGAAGGAGUGUCUGCAUUUUUGUAACAAUGCCAUUAAAUUGCAUAUUUAUGACAA